GGAACGUUCCUUAGUCGACUCCAUUCUUGUACCCGGCCGCAUAUUUAAGCUUACAUAGUCGUGGUAGUUUUGACCGUAUUUUUUGGCAUGGCUUGUAAUAAUAUUCCUGUGAAAACUACUGAAAGAUCAACUGUUAAAAUUGACCAAGAGACGAGCCGCGAACAAGCUGGUAAGUCCUCACCCGCAUUGUGCUAUUCUCCUUGUAUAAUCUUGUAUUCUGGAAUGUGCUUUUAAUAAUCAAAGGAAACUCAAUGUUAACCUGAGUUGGAGGCGUCCUAUAAAGCAUAACCACUGAGUGGCUGUGAAGCAGGCUAAAAAACGUUAGACGCAUUUAUUUAGGAAAUGUAAGGGAUACAAAAGAACUUUCCACAAUUCAGCGACGAUUGUGCCCUAUUCUCGUUGAUCGGGUUCAUUUGAAAUCGCCAAUUAGAGUUGGCAUACCCAUACGAUCCGCGUUUUUUUAAAGAUAUGUCAUAGGCCAGAUGGUACGAAAACAAAGUUAAAUACAAAAUGUAUUGGCUUCCAAGCGCUCAUUUGCCACCGCUUAAUCUCCGUGGAUGUCACGCAACGCUGACUCGCCAAAGGAAAAGGAUGUCACGCAACACGCCUCUCCAACGGUUCCGAAAGAGAGUAAUCCCCCAUUCUAGACUCCACAGGUGUUCUCUCUGAUUACAAGUGUGUGGAUAGUGUAUCAUGAGAUUGUAAUAUCGACUGAUCAUUUAUGUACCUGUCCAUGGAACAGUCAGUUCGAAAAUUGCCUAUUCCCCCCCCACUCCACCCCCGGCCGGGUUAUCGCCAAACAGUGGAGAAUUUGACCCAAAAUGUUGAAAGGUGCUCUCUCUCAUCCCAUACAUACAUGCAAAUAAAACACAUAUUUCCUUGGCCUUGAUAAAUUCAGGACCUGUUUAUAUGAAGUGAGCCAUAUAAAAUUCAAUUUUUAGAUUUAGCCAGGGCUAAAAGCGAAGCUCUGGUUAAUAAUGCUUAUAAACAAAAGAAAUUAAAUCAUGUAAUGCUAAAUGGGGACGGCAAUGAAAAUGGCAUCAAGAUCAAUAGAUCUAAUUAGCAAAAAAACAAAUUGCAUGUGCAGCACACUUUUUUUUCUAAUUAGCAAAAAUACAAAUUUGCACGUAGCACGCUUUUUGUCUUUCUUUGCCAUAGUUUUGCAAAUCUACAACGCUGUUUUGUAGGACUAAAUUGUCAAACUUCCUAGUUACAGGUUAUUUUUAUGGAGGAAUUAUCGUAUCUGCUGACCCAAUAUUUUGUCUCCUGUGUUCAUGUUCGCUUUUACUUUUCACUGCCCCUCAUUUUCACCUUGCUCCUUGCUGGCUGCUUUUCUCAUUGUCUCACAGCCGCUUUGAAUUUUCAUGUUUUUCUUCUUAGAAAAUUUGUCUCUUUUGUUUUCAAUCACUCAUUCUAGCUCUUUCUUUGUUAUCCACAUGAAUGGAAACGUCAAAAAUGACAUUGAAAAAGACACAACUUUGUUGUUGUUUUUUCUUUCUUAAAGUCCGGGCGGCCAUGCAAUUGCUAUCCAAAUAAAACCUUGAGUUGCAUUUCGGUUGCCAUACCUUUUGAUUGAAUUAUUUUACAUUGGUAUGCCUUUGGAGCGGACAGACUCUCGGGAGGUCAGUCAGUCAGUGUACGGUCAGGUGAUUACCAAAUUUUCUCGGAUGGGUAGUUUACCACAUUAUUUUUCUUACCCAUGGUGCUCCACUGUGUGCACUUCGCACGCAAGAGCUCCGCUAUAAUGUGCAAAGUAGUUGAAUGGUUUUACAUGGUACUGAAGUAUUUUUUUCGGCAUUAAUUUUUGUUCAGAGGGACAGAAUGGAAAACAUAGAUUUUGUGACCCAUGGGAAGACAGCGAUCUGGUACUGGUGGUGGAGCAGGAGAAGUUUCAUGUCCAUCGCUUAAUACUUUCUAUGAACUCCCCAGUAUUCAAAGCCAUGUUUACUGGUCAAUUUAAAGAAGCAACAUCCAGUGAAAUUCCUUUGCCUGGGAAAAAGGCAAAUGAAAUUCUGGACUUUCUGCAGCACAUUUACUAUCAGCACAUCCAAGAACCAGUAGAAAUUACUAGUAAGUUUCUUUUCAGCAGGAAUAUUAAUUUAUUAUUACUUUAAUUUUGACUUUUGUAACAACUCUAGUGUAAGGUUUGGCUGAGGUGGAAGUCCUCAUAACUAUUAACUUGGGAGUUAAGGACUUGUUUAUUAAAAAAAGGACAUUAAAAAGUCGGCUUUGUAAGUAAAUAAUUUUUGGCUUGUAAUUUUAUUUUACUUAGUUUUUUUGGUUGCUUUAAUGGAAUUGACACUGAAAAGUCAGCAUUUUUCUAGUAAAUAUUUUUAGGCCUUGAAUUUUAUUGUUAAUAGUUUUAUUGAUUGUUUUAUCAAGGCACCCAGGCUUGUCCUACCCAGUUCCCAUAUUUUGAAAUGGGUUCUCUCGUUUAUUUAAGGGGCCUUUUGGUAGGCUUAUUGCAUUUCACAGUACAUGUAUUAUUUACUAAUUAGCUGUCACCCAUUUAACCCCUUGCCUACCAGAGCAAAAUACACCCAGCAACUGGCUACCUUUCUCAAAGACCAGAGUUCGUUUUUUCAAGGCAACUCAAACAACUGAACUUUUAGUGAUAAUAUUUCAUUUGUCUGAGGAAGCAUAUUAUAAGUCCUGGGUCUUGGAGUGACCUCACACAGGACGUACAUAUACGUCCUUGGUAGGGAAGUUGUUAAAGUUGGUUUGUCUUUUUCAGUGCACAAUGUGGAGUACCUUCUCAAGUUAAGUGAUGAGUACCAAGUUAAGCUUAUCUUCAAACCAUGUGUCAAGUUCCUUACUGAUGUGCAAAAAACAAAAGAAAAUGUGAUGAAGUUAUUGCUGUUGGCAGACCGUCAUCACCUAGACAAUAUCCGCCAGGGAUGUUGUGAUAACCUCCUCAAAAAUAUGAAACUGAAGACAAUGCUGGAAGCUGUAGAUUUUCGAGAUCUUGAAAAAGAUACUCUUCAGUAUGUCUUGUCAGAAAGAAUCAUACGGCUAGAAGUCUUCCUUGAUUCCCUGUACCCUCAGUUCCUGGGAUUAGUCGAGUGUUUGCUGUCAGCUUUUAGUGAACCAGGGAAGCACUAUGAUCAAGUAGAUUGGUGCACGCGUCAUUUUGAUGAUAUUACUGGUAACUUUCUAAGGAAAUUCAAAAUCGAUGAUGCAAAGAUAAGAGGGUGCCCUGGUUGUAGGAAAAUGCUUUGUUCAUUAGUUCAAGCCACCUCCAGUGAGGUAAGACCUACCCGAUUAGGCCGAUCUCGCAUGUACUGCUAUGGUUCAGGAAUUGACAGCCAUCACUUUGAUGAAAACUUGCUGGCCAUCAUAAAUGAUUUUGUCAAGCUGAAGCAAGCAGGUUUAAUGACCACCGACAAACAACAUCAAUGA